AUGCUAAAAAUCCUCGCACCAACAAUUAUGCUCAUCCCGACAAUCUGGUUGCUCCCUUCAAAAAAACUAUGAUCAAUCUCACUUUCCUAUAGCCUCAUUAUCGCCAUUUAUAGCCUCACCCUACUUAAUAACCCAGCAGAAGUCGGCUGAACUAUGCUUGGCCAAUACUUAGCGACAGACCCCCUAUCUUCCCCCCUCACUGUCCUAACAUGCUGACUACUCCCCCUAAUAAUUCUUGCCAGCCAAAACCACACAGCUCAUGACCCAUUAAACCGCCAACGAACUUAUAUUACUCUGCUGACCUCCCUACAAAUGUUUUUAAUUCUCGCCUUCAACGCCACCGAACUAAUUAUGUUUUACAUCAUAUUCGAAGCCACACUAAUCCCUACCCUGAUAAUUAUUACCCGGUGAGGCAACCAGACCGAGCGUCUGAACGCAGGCACAUAUUUUCUAUUCUACACCCUUGCAGGAUCCCUUCCUCUAUUGGUAGCACUUCUUCACCUCCAUAAUGUUACCGGCACUCUCUCAACACUUACCCUUCCUUUAAUCCAACCCCUCCACUUAACCUCGUACGCAGAUAAGUUCCUCUGAGCCGGGUGCCUUCUUGCCUUCCUAGUGAAAAUACCUCUUUAUGGAGUACACCUCUGGCUUCCAAAAGCCCACGUAGAAGCCCCCGUAGCCGGCUCAAUAGUGCUAGCCGCAGUUCUUCUAAAACUUGGAGGCUACGGCAUACUUCGAAUCAUUUUACUGCUCGACCCCUUAACAAAGGAAAUAAGCUACCCUUUCAUAGUCCUCGCGAUAUGAGGUCUAGUUAUGGCUGGGUCCGUCUGUAUACGUCAAACAGAUCUAAAAUCUCUCAUUGCAUACUCCUCUGUCAGCCACAUGGGCCUUGUUGCUGCUGGAAUCCUAAUCCAAACACCCUGAGGCCUAGCGGGGGCUAUCGCCCUUAUAAUCGCCCAUGGCCUCACAUCUUCAGCCCUCUUCUGUCUCGCAAAUACUAACUACGAGCGUACUCAUAGCCGAACGAUACUUCUCGCCCGGGGGCUACAAAUGACCCUCCCAUUAAUGACCUCUUGAUGGCUCCUAAUAACCCUUGCCAACCUAGCACUCCCCCCAUCCCCCAAUCUCAUAGGCGAGUUAAUAAUCAUCGUUUCUGCCUUCAACUGGUCUUAUUGGACUCUUAUCUUAACUGGCACUGCCACACUAAUCACAGCCGCCUAUUCUCUAUACAUAUUCCUCAUAACACAACGAGGCCCUCUUCCCCCCCACAUUAUUGCCCUCCAACCCACAUACUCCCGAGAACACUUACUUAUCACCCUCCAUCUCUUACCUUUGCUACUAAUUAUCUUAAAGCCAGAAACAAUUUUAGGAUGAGCUGCCU